CUCGUUUAAAAUAUUACAGCGUUUGCAAUUGUUCAAAAAUGGAGGAGAUCCAUUUUUACCUGGACAAAAUCCAGGAGGUCAUGAGGACCAUGAAGUGUCCACGAAAAGAGCACAGAGUAUGUAGUAGAGAGAGGAGAACAUCAACUCCUAAAGUGGAGGGGGCCUGGUUUAAAACUCCCAGUGCCCCCAAAAGACCGAGACUUUGUCGUCCAAGGACUCUCCUCAGAAAACGAACUAAUCAGAAUGCCGAUGAAUCUAUUCUCCCAAAGUGGGAGGUCUCCCCAAUAAGUAACGAGUCGGGCCCCAUUCUGAUCGGUUCCGAUUCGGAGUCGGAAUUGGCGUGUAUUCCGCUGGAAUUCAGUGAGGAAGACCAGAAAGAAAACCACGUCCAGGAAGAAGACCAGGAGGAGAUCAUCAUUCCUCCAUCCCAGAUGUAAAACCAAUAGAGAAGAAAGAACAAAAUAACCACAAGAUGUCCAACA